AUGGUGCUUAAAUACCUUCAACGAAGACGUCAAAAGGGAGGCCAAUUCUUGGCGUUUGACAAAGGCGUGGAUCCCUCCACAAAAAAAGUGCAAUGGACCAAGGCCGAUCCCAUGGACAUUGUCCAACAACAGAUGGAAAAGGAACGUGAUGCCACGGAUACCACAGCUCAAAUCGAAUCCUUUGCCUUUACAUUUGAAGACGCAGUGGAGUCUAGUGCGGGUAGUUGUGUAGAUCCACCAGAACCAACCCUCAAGCAAUCGUCCGAACGAAGACCGACAUGGCUCAAACGCCCCAUGUUUAGCGACAUUUGCAGCAACCACGCUCUAGUCAACGCCGAGAGACAAUGGGCCGACGCAAGUUUGCACACACUGAAACGAAGUCAUGAACUCGAUGAACUGGCGCGAUGGCACGCCGAGUCAAUGGCCAAAGAUGCCUGCACAUACCACGCAGAUCCCAAUGUGCUGUGCUCCAAGCUUGCCCAUCUUCCACAGGUUCGCCUGGGAGAAAAUGUUGCCAAGGGCAAGUCCGUGCGUGUCCUCCACAGCACAAUGAAGAAACAUGCUGCCAACUAUGCCAACAUGAUGGAUUCCCGUUUUACAGAACUAGGAAUGGCAACGGCUCGGUGUGCCAAUGGAGAUUGGUACCUCUGUCAAAUCUUCCGAGGGUAA